AUGCCCAGGGGUCCCGCCGCACUGACCCCCCCCGCAGGCCCCCCCGUGCCGGUGGCUGAGCGCGGCCCCCCCCCGCGCUGCGGGAGCUGCGGGGAGCUGCGGGCGCGGACGGGGCAGCCGGUGCUGCGCUGCCGGGAGGCGCUGGAGCGGGCGGGGGGCGACCUGCGGCAGGCCGAGGCCUGGCUGGAGGCCGAGUCCCGCCGCCGGGGCUGGGCUCGGGCCGUGGCCCCCGGAGCCCCCCGGGCCCGAGAGGGGCUUGUGGGGGUCCUGAGCGAGGGCUCCGCUGCUGCCAUGGUGGAGGUGAACUGUGAGACAGAUUUCGUGGCUCGGACCCCUGAGUUCCAGCAGCUGGUGGAGAUGGCAGCCAGGGGGGUCCUGGGGCACUGCCAGGGGGCUGCGGGCACCAAGCACCUGCUGCAAGAGGAUGAACUGGCCCAGCUGCGGGUGGGGGACAAGGGGGACCUGCUGAGUGACCACCUGGCACUGGCCAUGGGCCGCCUGGGCGAGCGCCUGUCCCUGUGCCGGGCUGGGUGGCUCCGGGCCCCAGGGGGGUUCGUGGCCACCUACACGCACGGGUGGGUCCCCCCCGGCCCCCCCGUGGCCAUGGGCACCUACGGGGCUCUGGUGGCCUGCGGGGGGCCCGGCCCGGGGCCCCCCCCGGCGGAGCUGCGGGAGUUGGGGCGCAGGGUGGCCCAGCACGUGGUGGGGUUGGCACCCACCGCGCUGGGGACCCCCAAGGACGAGCUGGGGGGGGACGGGGAGACGCGGCUGCUGGCACAGGGGACCCUCCUGGAGCCGGGGGUGCCCCUGGGCCGGUACCUGCGGGACCGGGGGGGGCUCCAGGUCUGGGACUUCCUGCGCUUCCAGUGCGGGGAGGAGCCCUCCGAGGAGCCCCCCCGGGACCCCUCUGCGUUGCCGGCAUGAGGGGGUGUGGCUCGGCCCCUCCUCCGGAGCCAGUUUGGGGGGCCUCGCCCAGAUUUGGGGGGGAUGAAGCUGAAUAAAGGUGUGAAGAAACGA